AACUGUUUGACACGAGGAGACGGUGCAAAGGAGAAAAAGAAUUUCAGGUAAGGAGGGAGGAAAUUUAAUCUCUGUAGCUGCGAUGCUUCACAUAUAUUUUUCCCAAAUAAAGCGAACAGAAUUCUUAAGUAUUUACUCUUCUCCACCUCAACACACACAAACUAACAUUUCAGUGUUGUAAGUUCCCUUUACUGACAUGACUGCCUGUCGACACCCCAGUUCCUGAUUGGUGGAGACAAUAAAAGGGAAGCUUUAAGUGGUCUGAACAGGAAGUCUUUGCUGUGGAAGAAGUACACACUUCAUUACCAAGACUUGUCUGUAAGACUGAGGACCAUCAAGUGGGUGGAAGCCAAGGAAGGGCAGCAGGUGACCAUGAAGAUGCCUGGAGGUGCAGCAUGGUGGAGGCGCUGGCUGCUGCUGGCUCUUUCUCUGAAAGGUGUUCUUGCUGGCGACUGGUCAGUUCAUCUGCCCUCAGGCCCAAUCUGUGCUGAGGCUGGCUCUUCAGUGGUCCUCCCUUGUUCCUUUGACUACCCCCAGAGCUCCAAUGAAACAGGGGGAGAGGGGCGGCUGUCCGCUCAGGAUGGAGGAGGCGUAGCAGAACAACAGAUCAGAGUUUUAUCUGCGAUGUGGUGUCUCGAAAACAGUCGAUGUGUCACUCCAAGGUAUUUUUCACGAAUGACAGAGCAGCACACUAAAACCACAACUGAGAGGCCAUAUUGGUGUGUGUGUGUGUGUGUGUGUGUGUGUGUGUGUGUGUGUGCCAGGUAUGUGUUCCACAGCGCUGGCAUUUUCCCAGAGCCGUCCUACCAGAACAGGGUGCAGUACCUGGGACAACCUGGAACCAACAACUGCUCCCUGAUGCUGUCUGACCUGAGACCGUCGGACAGUGGGAACUACGUGUUCUACCUCGUCACCAGCCAUCCGACUGAGAAGAUGCCAGAGCAGAGCGGGAUUCAGCUGCUGGUGUCAGGCUCCGGGGACGCAGUGACGGUUCUGGCGAGUCCGUCCGGUGGCAUCAGUGAAGGAGGAGCAGUGAGUCUGGCGUGCUGCAGCCCUGCGGCCGCCGGACCGCAGGCCGUCUUCACCUGGCGCCGCGGCUCCAGCCUGACACACAGUGGACAGGUGUGGAAGAUCGCUGGAGCCACGUCAGAUCACUCCGGCAGCUACUACUGUCAGACACAGGAAGCAGAUAAAGUGCAGAAAUCGUCACUGCUGAGCGUUGAUGUGCAGUACUCCCCUCGAAACACGACCGUCUCCGUCUUCCCUCCCGGCGAGCUGCAGGACAGCCUCCCGGCGACCCUGACCUGCAGCAGCAGUGCGAACCCGCCCGUCCACACCUUCACGUGGUACCGGGGGGCGGCCUGUCUGCCCACGGCGGACAGGAGCCUCCAUCGGGGGAAGCCGUCCAGAGCGGCGGCGGCGGGCAGCGGCCUGAGCAACGCCAGCAUCACCGUGGAGGAGUACGGGCAGCACUGCUGCGUCGCACGCAACGCACACGGUUCACAAACCAGCAGCGUGGUACUCCGAAAUACAAAAGCUUCAGUGGUGCCGUCGGUCUCUGCAGCCGCUAAAGUCGCCCUCAUCGCAGUGGCCGUCGGGGUCCUGCUGGCCGUCAUAGCCAUCGCUGUCUGCUUCAUAUCAAGGAGACGGAAAUCCUCCAGACACCAGUCAUAUGUCCUCACUGCAACAACAUCCACGCAACCCUAAAGAGAUAGCAAGGUCACCACGGUGACUUACAAAAAUAAUGUUUACAUUGAGCAAAAGAAACUCAGGAAAAGAUUACUGAAGUAAGUAAGUCCAAAUUUACACGACGACUUCCUCUCAUGGCUGCACUUGUCUUUAGGUGCGGUUAAGAAACCCUUCAGCUGGAAUCAGGUGAAAAGAGGGGAAAAAAAGAGGUGCAGGGCUGAAGAUGGUGGCACCAGCUCACACAUUAUGAACCUGCAGAUCAUAAAUCUGCAUUCAUGCGUUUACAGCAUCGACAGCUUCAUACUGUAUCAUAGUAGAAAAGGAAACUCGGGAGCUGUUCGAAUUAGGACUGUGUCAUUUGUUUACAUAAAUCUCCUCAGUGCACAAACAAAUGUAGCUGAAAUCAAGAAGAAAUAAUGUGGUUUACAUUGACAGUAAAGCGUUCUUGUGCUGCCUGUUUGAAGACACAGAUGUAAAUUUGAAUAGCUCAGCACUUGUUGUGAUUUCGACAUCCGGAGAUGUUUUCAGUAUUCGUAGACAGAGAGUCCGCACUGUGUAAGAAAGAGAAAAUCCUGGAGAAGUUGUGACUGGAAGCUCAUGUGUGAGGUUGAUGAAAACAUCCAAGCAGUUGGGUGAAGUGUGUGUUCGCAGCUGAGACUGUAUCGUGUGUGUUUGUGUGUGUGUGUGUUUGAAUAAACGCCUGUGUGUGAUAAGAAGUGUAACACUAAGCAGAACUGGAUGAGAACGCAGGAAGGAUAAAAACCAGGAGGACAGUGACUCCGACACCAGCAGGACACUUCAUUCACAGAGCAAACAGCUCCAGGCCCUUUUUUAAAUUCUAUGUAGAUAUUUUUAUAAUAAAAUAAUUACACAUGUAAAGCAGCGUUUUUGUCUUUUAUUGG